CACGAACACAACACAGAACACAGCAUCGAACGACGUUCAAUAUAACCUCAAUUAUUUCAUUUCAUAUUUCAAACAGAGUGUUGUUACUACAAACCAGGUUAAUAUUUAGUUUGAUCUUUAAGAGGUUUAUAUUAAAUUGAAAUAAAUGUUGAUAGUUUGAAAAUUACAGAGACAAUAAGUACUUUUUGAUUUCCUUGGCUAAUUAAAGCUGGAAAACGCUUCAUGUAAGCUUGCUUCUCUUCGUUUGCUUCAUUGCUUCCCGAACAACUCAGUCACACAUCACACAGAAUGGCAGAAAAGACUUCCAAGCGAUGGAAGAUGGAAGUGUUCAAAGCAAAAAGACUAUUGCAUCAUAUAAAAGAGAGACCAGCGAUCUACAAUUUCGAUUUGAAGGACUAUUAUAAUAAAGCUGUUCUACAAAUCUUAUGGAAGCAAAUUGCUGAUGAAAUGGAAAGUACAGUACACGAAUGCAAGACUACAUGGCAUAUCCUACGAUGUUCGUACAAUCGAGAGCUCCGAAAGGCCAAGUCAGCAAAAGAACUAGGAGUGAAGAGAUCGGGGAGAUGGCAUUUAUUUGACAAAAUGAAAUUUCUGAGUAAUUAUGUGGGAGGACGACCCAGAGGUGGAGGGAAUUCACCAAGUGAGCAUGGUGACAUGGUGAAAAACGAAGAUGAAGAUACAUUCGAUCAGGCUGACUCACUCUCUCUGUCAGAACCAGAACAGUACACUCAGAUGGAUAAUGAAGAUACUUUGAAACAGGCGGAUAAUGAAGAUUCCUUGAAACAGACGGAUAAUGAAGAAUCCUUGAAACAGAUGGAUAAUGAAGGUACUUGGAAACGGUUGGAUAAUGAAGGUACCUGGAAACAGAUGGAUAAUGAAGAUACCUUGAAACUAUUGCGUCUAGUUGAAGAGAGGCCACAAAUCUACAAUUUCAAUUUGGCAGAUUAUAAUAAUAGAGAAAUAAUAGACAAGAAGUGGAAAGAGAUCGCCCAAGAAAUGAAUAUGAAAGCGAAUGAAUGCAAGAGCCGUUGGAUGAGUCUGAGAGGUUCGCUGAAUCGAGUACUCCGCGAUCAAAAAACAAGUUACGAGAAAGGAAUUGUCAAGCCAAUAAAAUGGCCGUUCUUCGACGUCAUGAUGCAUUUUCUCGGUGAUUUCGUCAACAGCCAGUAUCGUAGGCAAAAGAAACACUUUGAAGAGACUCAGAGAACUAGUUUUCUCAGAGAAGUUUUGGAAAUUAACGUCGAUGACAACUCAGACUCAAUCGAUCCAUCUGAAACCAUCUAUCUGGGAGAACCACUGACUCAGGACACAACACACUCAGCCGAAGUGAAGCCUCAGUGCAGUGAAAAGGUUGUUGCACCGAUUGAAAAAGUGUUGGAUCUCAUGAUUGAGGUUUCGAAAUCACAGAGAGAAGUGGAGAGUUCAACUCUCACCUUCUUUAAAAGUUUGCUUCCUGAAGUUGAUAAACUGUCACAGUCAAGGCAGAGAAGAUUCAAACAGGAUGUGAUGGACUUGUUGUAUCAUAGCCUGGAAGAGCAGGAGAAUACUGAACUAGAGUUUUGUCUCAACUAGUCUUGAAAAACCUCAACUAUAUUUUUGUUAUGACUAUCAUUAUUCGGAUUUUGGGUAUGUGCAAAUAACAUACUUAAUUAUAGUGAGAUACAAUUCCAACGGACAUCAAUGUAAAGCAUUGACCUUAUUUAUAAACUUAAUUGAACUUAUGAUCAAAAUUUGGGAGAGAAAUAGUACAGACUCAGCCUAGUUUUUUCUCCCUGAUCAUAAUAUUUUUAUGAUGACAGUAUUGUACAAUUAAUGAAUAAGGAUUGUUGGUAGUUUGAAGUGAUUUUCACAACCGAAAACGUAUCAUAAUAAUAUUUUCAUUAAUAAUAAUAAUAUUGAGUGACCUGGCUGGCUCAGGUCUAGUGUCAGAGUUUUCAGGUAGCACCUGACCAAUUUCAGGGCCUCUGACAUGACCUAACGACUGUUUUUAGGCAGCCGGGACCGACAGCGUGUCCAUGCAAAUAAUGAUGCAACUAUAGGCGGAAUUCACUUCAAAUAUUGUCAGCUUUGAUUGGAUAGAAUGUAUUCAUGUUACUUGUAAGGAAUAAUGCAGUUAAAAAUGAAUAUUGUUAUGGGGUAGGUAAUUAAACAUACGGUACUAUAUUUCAUCAAUAUUCAAAGACUUUUUGGACUAGUUACUUUCCUUGCCCUAUUACCAUAGGUAAAGAAAGUAUUGCUUUCCAAUAAAAUUUAAGGUACCCUAAUUUCAUGUUUUCUAUACGUUUCAAGGUCCCCUGAGUCCAAAAACAUGAUUUUUGGGUGUUGGUCUGUGUGUGUGAACACGAUAACUCCAUUCCUAAUUAACCGAUUGACUUGAAAUUUUAAACUUAAGGUCCUUAUACCAUGAGGAUCCGACAAUAAGAAAUUCAAUAAAAUUCAAUUCAAAAUGGCAGAAAAAAAUGGCUGAUAAUUGCUAAAAACCAUAUUUUUCAUAGUUUUCUCGAAAACGGCUCUAACGAUUUUCUUCAAAUUUAUACCCUAGAUAGAUAAGCCCUAUCAACUGACAUGAGUCUCAUUUCUGGGAAAAUUGCAGGAGUUUCCGUAAUAUUCCUGAGAAGAAUGAAAUUUGUUUAAUUUCUAUCACGAUUUUCACAAAAAUGACUUGACCGUUUUUUUUCAAAUUCAUACCCUGUAUAGUUAUUUAUCAGCUCUAUUAACUGGCAUGAGUCUCCUCCCUGGGAAACUAACAGGGGGUCCACCCCAUCCCUGAGAAAUUUACUUUGUAACCUCCUUCUCGUGCGUGAGGUAGGUAGGUAGUGCAGUUUAUUCAAAAGAACACAAGUCGUUAUUUUAUUUGUAGAACAGCUGUUUUGACAACUUUUAAAAAAUCCUCAAAUUCCAUAAUUCAAACAAAGGAAAAUGUACUCUGAAAACAAUAACAAUAGUAUAAUCAUAGUUUUAAUUAUUUAGCCGCCAAUCGGCAUAAUGUUAUUCCCCGAAAUUAUCCUCGUUUAAGAAUGAGGCUUAUAGAUCAAUGAGCAAGGAAAGUUGUGUGAGUGUACCACACCAGAUUUUUUUUAGUUUUGUUAAUUUUAGAUAUAACUAUUUUUAAAUUCAGAAUCUGUUUCAAAUAAUAUGGUACUUCAUGUUUUCAUUUUGUUUUAAAUAAUUUCUAAUAAAGUAGCCCUUUCAAGAGCAGUAAUUUCAGAAUCUGUGUAUUUUUCCUUGUAUUUAAAGUGUAAAUCGUGGAAUCAAAUAGUAUCCUAUGACACAACCUGCAGUAUCAAUUGGAAUAAUUAAUUAUAAAUGCAUAAUGAAUAAUUGGAAUUAUUAUGAAUAGUAUGCCAUUUUUGGGCAUGCGCCUGGUGUGCCUUUUCCUUAUGAAGUGAAUUGUACAUGAUGACUGAUAAAUGGAAUAAAACAAUGAAAAUCGAUACUGAUAAAAUAAUAGUUAGUAGUAACUAGUAACCGAUUUGAUGGUACUGUCGAGAUAAACCGAAAUUGAAAUAAAUUGUAGGUGAAUAUUCUCAACUGGUGAAUAAAUUGUAGGUAAUUAACUCACCCUCAUACAUUGAAGAGAUGCGUUGAUGGGUGGUGGCAUAUACACAUCUAAAUUACUAUUGUGGUUCUUAAUUUUGUUUGGAGGAAAGCUUUUGACUGAAGGGAAGCUUUUGAUUUAUUAUUCAAAACAAAUAAUCAUUGAGGUCACUGUCAGAAACAAAUUUAUUCACAAUUUCAUAAAAUGCAAACUGAAAAACAGUUAUGAAUACACAACUUACUGUUAAUAGAUAGUGAAAGGUUAGAGGUUUUGAGAGGAAUGGAUGUCAAUGUUCCAUAUAAAAUAAAUAAAAAAAUAAAAAUGUAAAGAUAUGUGAAUAAAUAAUGCUCCUGGCAGUCUUAGAGAGGGUGUGAAACUCGAUUUAUUUCUUCUUUGCUGGCGCAGUUACGUUGAACUUGAAAAAUAUGAUGUCUCCAU